CAAAUAUUAUCUGUGGAUACAGCAUUAUUUUGGUGUCCGUGUAUUGUUAUUGGAUGGCAGAGGAGAAGCACAAGGCUGUGGAAGGUGGCAUUUUUUGACUGAGUUUGCGCUCAAGUGUAUUUCAGCUUCUAGGUACAAAUAAAAAUGGGUGUUAUCAACAUACAGACGAAGACUGAAUUCGAGGAUGUUGCAAAAUCUAAUAGCCUGGUUGUGGUUCACUUUUAUGCCGAUUGGGCCAAGCAGUGUGAAACAAUGAAUGAGGUGCUUGAAGAGCUGGCAAAGCAGCCAGAGUUAAAUGGAGUAAAAUUUGCUAAAUGCCCUGCUGAAGAUGUUCCAGAAGUUUCAAUGAAAUAUGAUGUAUCAUCUGUACCAACAUGCCUGCUGCUAAAUGGAGACAUUUUACUUGAUCGAGUUGAUGGAGCCAAAGCUGCAGAAUUGACAAAGAAAGUGAACCAAUUGGUUUCGAGUCAGCCAUUGUUGCCACCAAAAGUUGAAGAACAAAGCUCUAAAGAAGAACUCAAUACAAGGUUGAGGAAGCUGAUAACAGCUGCACCAGUAAUGCUUUUCAUGAAAGGAACACCAGAAGAACCAAGAUGUGGCUUCAGUAAAACGAUAGUAGGCAUUUUGGACAAACAUAAUGCCAAAUACAAGUCUUUUAAUAUACUUGCAGAUGAGGAAGUAAGGCAGGGUCUAAAAACAUUUUCAAAUUGGCCCACCUACCCACAGCUGUACAUCAAUGGUGAACUUAUUGGUGGCCUAGACAUAAUUAAAGAAAUGGAAGAAAGUGGAGAGCUAGCUGGUUUGUUACCAAAGAAAGUUGAUGCGAAUAGGUUAAAACAGUUGAUCACACGAAGCCCCUGCAUGGUGUUUAUGAAAGGUGAUCGAUUCGUGCCACAGUGUGGUUUUAGCAAACAACUGGUUGAUAUCCUCUCAGAGAUAGGAAUUGAUUACGAUACCUAUGAUAUCUUAAAGGAUGAAGAUGUUCGCCAGGGUUUAAAGGAAUUCUCCAAAUGGCCAACGUAUCCCCAGGUGUAUGUGAAAGGAGAACUUAUAGGUGGUCUGGACAUAAUAAAAGAACUGAAAGCAAAUGGUGAACUAGAAGCCACAUUAAAGUGCUAGGAAUAGUUCUUUGCUGUAUCUUUUAUUGAAUUUGUCAUCAAUUAUACAGCCAAAAGAUGAGUGCGUGUUGUGCAUUAUAGCAGCUGUGACUUUUAAAUUUAAUUUCCAUAUUAGGUUCUUUCAAGAGCAACACUGUUGAGAUCCUAUUCAUAUCCACUGAGCAUCAGGUAGAAGAAAAUGAUUAAAAGCUAAAGAUGAAGCUGAACCCUACUGUAAGAGUGAUUAAAUUAUCAUGCUAUGAAGACUUCAAUGUGCUGCUUGUGAGACUGUGCAAACCCUGUCUGCUGAAUUUUGCAGGGACUAAAACAUAUGUACAAAUCUCAAAAAGAGUGGUUAACUUCACUAGUCCCAUACUAUCACCUGUGCAAGUUCAUACUUUAAGUGUGUUAUGUGGAAUGAAUAAAGUGCACCCAAUUAACUGAA